AUGAAAUUCUAUCAAAUUCUCGUGCUUUUCUCGAUUUUGGUGGGUGCAAGCUGGGCGCAGUGGGGAGUGGGAGGAUAUGGUUCGAAUUACGGGCGGCCCCCGCCGCCCCCACCUCCGCCACCUCCACCCCCACCUCCAGGGCCUUAUGGACGGCCCCCGCCUCCACCACCACCUUACGGACCACCACCUCCCCCGCCUCCACCUCCACCUCCGCCAAGAACUGUCGUCGUUGAGCGGACCAUCAUCUACAAUAAUAAUCCUGGAGGAGGAUUUGGAAAUGGAUUUAAUUAA